UGGCACAAUCAAUGAAAAACCGCGCAAGCCCAACAACUCAUCACUCCCAUAUUAACAAUGGCGAGCGUACUGACGAGGAGCGACAUUGAGAGCGAGAUCCAACACCGAGUAUGAGCGCUGUCCGCAGGUCUCUUUGGUCGCAGGCGACAACAGCAGUGCAUAGACGCGUUCGCAACACACACUCCCCACAACAGCCCUUCCUGAACGAGAGUAAAUAUCUAUUUCAACCUGCGAGUCGUCGAUCGUUCCGCUUGUCAGGAGUUGCAAUGGAGGCUAAAGACUGGAGCGCGGCUCAGUAUCUGAAGUUUGAAUCCGAGCGCACUCGUCCAGCAAGGGACCUUCUUGCACAGGUGCCUUUGACGGCCCCAAAACGCGUGGUCGAUCUGGGCUGCGGACCGGGCAAUUCGACAGAGGUUCUCUGGAGGCAAUUCCCCCAAGCGCACGUCGUCGGUCUCGACUCAUCCCCAGACAUGAUCGAAAAGGCGCGAAAGAGGCUGCCCGAUCUCGAGUUUAUCCUCAGCGAUUUGAGUUCCUUCAAGCAGGACGAACCCGCCGACCUGCUUUACUCCAAUGCCGUGUACCAAUGGAUUCCUUAUGAAGAGCGCAUUCCAAUAUUCACCGACCUAAUCAAAAAGAUGAAGUCUGGCGGCGUCUUCGCCUUCCAGGUACCCGACAACUUUUCAGAGCCUUCCCAUGUUGCUAUGCGCGAGGUUGCCGAUGAGGGUCCGUGGUCCGACACCCUGAGGCGCCUGCAACCAGCUCGCAGACCAUUUCAGUCACCUCAGGAGCUCUACGAUCACUUGAAGCCUUUGUGUUCGGAUAUCAACGUCUGGCAUACAGAAUAUUAUCACAUCCUGCAAGACCACAAGGCCAUCGUGGAGUGGGUCAAAGGAACAGGUCUGAGACCCUACGUCGACCCCCUUUCAGCUCCGGAGAGAGAGGCAUUCCUCGACGCAUAUCUGAAACGAAUAGAGCAGGCGUAUCCGUUGCUCGUUGAUGGGAAGGUCUGCUUGCGCUAUCCGCGCCUAUUCCUGGUGGCCAUUCGGGCUUGAUUUCUCUCUGUCUCACUCCACGGCUUGGGUCAGCCGGGUUACCCUUUUUCCAUUAUCAAAUACUCAUUCAGUGACGGGCGGUCACAUAUCGAUUUCUUCGUACACCUUGACUACCAGCCGCACGACCUCUGUGGCACAGAUACAACGACCCUGGAUUUCACUCGACCGCCGGUCUGAAUUCUCUCAUUUGUCUCAAAGCAAAUGGCGAUGGUUGACAUGGUAUGCCUUGUUGCGCCGAUUCUGUAAGCAGAGCGCUUUCAAGUCACUUCGCUACCGGCUGCGGCGGAUCUAUUUGGCCGUCGUAUGCGGUUUUGUGCGAGAGUUCACGGUAACACUCGGCCAAAAGGUCUCGAGGGAGGGCAUCCGAUCCGAAUGCAAUGUGUAGGAAUGCCGCAUUUCCUCCCCUCUCGGCACGUCCACGGACAAAGUUCAACUUCAGGGGGACCACGGUACAUCAGACGCCUCAGAAACCCUACUCGUCUCAACAAAUCCUGGUUUGGCUGUGGAAAAUGAAAGGAUUAUCCUGAAGACAAGGCUCUCUCUGCAGGCAAUGCUGUGGGCGGAAAGAAUCCCGAUCCGCGGGCUCUGUGACGCUGAGUAUAUCCAUAGAGUCCCGCUGCAGACACUUUAUAUGGCACUUUCCUUUUUUGGGUGCAUGGUUGACGUGAGGUAACGAUGGCAUAAUCCUUUAGAUGUAUACCGCCACCUAUAUUACGAUCGCCUCUCAUUCCUCAGCGAUAGCACAGUGUCCGAAGCACGCUCGAGAUGUAGAUUGUAUGGUUCGCGAAAUGAAUAAUCGGGUCGGGGCAUGCAAACAAAUCGCUAACUAGAGAAGCCUACCGAAUUGCCGCCCAACAUAUGCCGCCAGGUGUGAC